UUGAAGACUUUUGUCACAAAUAUACAUACAAUAGCAUCUUUCGUAUUAAGCUUUUGAAGUCUUUUGUCACAAAAAUGGACACUAAGCAUCUUCUUUAUCAAGUAUAUCACUACAAUGGACACUAAGCAUCUUCUUUAUCAAGUAUAUCACUACAAGUGUUGAAGUGUAAUCUAUAUAUAAGGAUUAAGAGAGGUCAAGUAUAGUACUAUAUAACUAGAACGCACGUGUGUGUGGAUUUGAUGGGUGGGAGAAGCAGCCAUACAGUGGAUCCAGUGGUGAGUCGGAGAUACUCAUCGGAAUCAGAGGCGGUGCUGGUGGUGCGGCGCCGACCGUCCAUGGUGAACGGAGGAGGAUUUGUAGUGAGCAAUAACAAUCAACAGGUAGUAUUUAGAGUUGGUGGGUGUGGAGUUCUUGGAACCAAAGGCAAGCUUCUCUUGACAAAUGGUGACGGUGAAAAUUUGCUUCUCAUCCGCAAAAUGGGAGGAAUAGUGCAGGCACUGAACAUGGUACACAAGAAGUGGGAAGGUUUUGGAUAUGAUAAAGAAGGCACAGAGAGGCUGGUUUUCACAUUGAAGGAUCCAAAAGAUUCAUGUCUGGUUCAUAACAACAACAGUUCUUCAAUCAUAAUCUUGGUUCACGGUAAACCGAAGAAAUUAUCAACUCACAAGAGCUACGUGGGGAUCAAAGGCUCUUUCACAGAGAGAGAUUGUAACAUCAUGAAUUCAGAUGGCAGAGCCAUAGCUAAGGUAAGAAGAGAUAAAGAGAUGGAGGAGGAAAUGGUGGGGGAACAAGACGACGGAUCUGUAUCAUGUAAUAGUCAAACCAAACGUUGAUCAAGCUUUCAUCAUCGGUCUCAUCGCCGUACUCGACUAUAUCCAUGGCGAAUCCACCAUCUGUUAA